AAUGAAAAAGUCAACGAGUUGUUUUCGCCAGCCUGCUGCUCGUUCGAGCGGUGCGUCCAGCCUGCAACGGAAGAAGAUUUUAAACUUGGUUCGCGAGCAGCAAAGUUUAAAAUGUCUUUCAAGGCGGUGGGCGCGGCGGUGGUCCGCGCGCUGUGGACAAAAGGACACGGCACCCCGCCGCUGGCGCGCUCCACCAGGGCGAGCACGCUCACCACAACGUGCAGCGUGUUGACAGCGAGGGAGCCAGGCUCCGAAGCCAGCAGACUCUCCCCCGAACAAAGCUACGGGCCCGGCUCCGACGGGCCGAGCGGCGCCGACGUGCCGCCCUCCGGCGAGCCGCCUCAUCCCGGGGAGGGCGAGGGGGCUCCCGGUGCCAGGGGACGGUCGUCCACCGCGGUCCCGACCCGUCAGGCGUCCUACCUGUGGGCUCGGUACAAUGACACCAAACGGCUGGUUCACGACCUGAUCCCCCCAGGCGCUUGUAACCUCCUCAACUCCUCCACCAUCUACGCCAACAACGAGGUCGACCUGUCCACAGUGGACAUCUACGGCUUUGACUACGACUACACGCUGGCGCUGUACUCGAAUGCACUCAACGGAAUGAUCUACGACAAAGCAAAGAGCUUCCUAAUUGAACACUUUAAGUAUCCGAAAGAAAUCCACAAAUACGAUUACAUUCCCAACUUCACUGUGCGGGGUCUGCACUAUGACAUCCAAAAGGGUCUUCUGAUGAAGAUCGAUGCCUUCCAUUACAUACAGCCGGGAACGGUGUACCGGGGACUGAGCCCCGUGCCGGACGAGGAGGUCCUGGAGCUCUUCGGGGGGACUUACCAUGUCCCGCUGGAGCUUGACAGCGGCUUCUAUGGGAAGGGACCAAAGCUGAAGCAGUUCAUGGACAUCUUCUCUAUUCCUGAGAUGACUCUCUUGGCUGCGGCAAAUGAUUUUUUCAUCCGAAAUGGCAUCGAUUAUGAUCCAGUUCACCUCUUCAAGGACGUCUCGGAAGCGAUCGGCAUGGUUCACCUGAAAGGCUUCAUGUACAAAUGGAUCAUGGAGGAUCUCGAUAAGUUCAUCCUGAGAGGAGACGAGACCGAUGCCGUUUUGCAUCGGUUGGUCAGUCAGGGAAAGAAACUGUUCCUCAUUACCAACAGUCCCUUCAGCUUUGUGGAUAAAGGAAUGAGACACAUGGUGGGAAAAGACUGGCGAGACUUCUUCGAUGUGGUCAUUGUCCAGGCAGAUAAACCUCACUUCUUCACUGAUUGCAUCAAACCCUUCAGGCGUUUGGAUGGUAAUGGAGACCUUCAGUGGGAGAAGAUAACCAGUCUGGACAAAGGACAGAUCUACAAGCAGGGAAACCUGUUUGACUUCCUCAGACUGACUGGCUGGCGAGGUUCAAGGGUUCUUUACUUUGGAGAUCAUCUUUAUAGCGACUUGGCUGACCUGAUGUUGCGACACGGCUGGCGUACGGCCGCCAUAGUGCCGGAGCUGGAGCCGGAAACCAAAGUGGUGAGCACCCACCGGUACGCACUGAGCCUCACCUGGCUGCAGGCUUUAACCGGCCUGAUGGAACGGCUACAGACUCAUCGGGACCCAGAGUCUAAACGUGUUUUUGAAGAAUGGCAGAAAGAGCGGGAAGAGCUCAGGGCGAUGACUAAGAACGUGUUCAACCCGCAGUUCGGCAGCAUCUUCAGAACGUGUCACAACCCCACUUACUUCUCCAGACGACUCUCCCGUUUCUCCGACGUCUACAUGGCCUCCGUCAGCUGUCUUUUGAAUUACGACCCCUCGUACACUUUCUACCCGCGCCGCACCCCCCUGCAGCACGAGGCUCCUCUGUGGAUGGACCAGCUGUGCACGGGCUGCAUGAAGACUCCACAUCUGGAGGAGAUGUCUCAAAUACGAUGAGAUCCUCGCUCUCCUCAGUGACUUGUUUUUAAUAGUUUGUUAUUUUAGUGCUGGCGGCCAUUUCGUUCUUAGGAUUUCUUCUCAAUAACAGGGUUUCAUUUUUAAUCACGAUUCUGCUGCACAACUCCCUCGUCGCAGGGCAAAGUAUUACCGCACUGAUCCACGUCUCCAAAGACUUUACUGAAGGGUGCUGCAGAUUUACCUGCAGGACGGACGGCGUGCGAUUCAAGAUUGCCAGACUCUCUGGUUGCUGCCUGAUUUUAAAAUGUGAUAUGGAAAUGAAGUGCAAUAAUGGAGCUAUUGUCGCACAAAUAAACAAGUGGCAUCUUA